AUGCAAACCCUCAUAUAUCAGCCUUUGGUGGCAGACAAACACAAUCACUUCCGGCAUUUUACACUGUAUCCUCCAGUCAGUCUGAAAACUGCUCUCCAAAAUAUACAUUGUCUGAACCCUCAAUGCAUCAGAACAAUUAUCAACACAUCACAUGUUGAAAUCACCACUUUCCUUUUGGUUGGGAUUUCAGGGCUGGAAUAUGCACACAUCUGCAUCUCUAUCCCCAUCUGCAUCACAUAUGUUGUUUCUCUUCUGGGAAACUUUACCAUCCUUUUCGUCAUCAAGACAGAGCCCUUCUUGCUUGAGCCCAUGUACUGUUUCCUGUCCAUGUUGGCCCUGUCACACUUGGGUUUGUCCUUAUCUUCUCUGCCUACUAUGUUGAGGGUCUUCUUGUUUAAUGCCCCUGGAACUUCUGCCAAUAAAUGCUUUGCCCAGGAACUCUUCAUACAUGGAUUCACAGUACUGGAAUCCUCAGUGCUCUUGAUCAUAUCAUUUGACUCCUUCCUAGCUAUCCACAACCCUCUGAGGUAUAGUUCUAUUCUUACUAUUGUCAGAGCUGGGCAAAUAGGAAUGAUGUUCCUUUUCAAAAGCUUCCUCCUGGUUCUUCCCUUCCCUUUCACUUUGAGAAGUUUGAAAUAUUGCCAGAAGAGCCAAUUAUCCUAUCCUUGCUGUCUUUACCAAGAUGUUAUGAAGCUGGCCUGCUCUGACAACAAAAUUGAUGCCAUCUAUGGCUUUUUUGGAGCACUCUCCCUUAUGGUACACUUUAUGCUCAUUGUUGUCUCCCACAUCCUGAUCCUUAAGACCGUGCUGGGAAUUGCAUCCCAGAAGGAGCAGCUCAAGGCCGUCAAUACUUGUGUUUCGCACAUCUGUGCAGGGAUCAUCUUCUAUCUGCCCAUCAUCAGCCUUGCCACUGUCCACUGCUUUGGCCGGCAUGUCUCUCCUCUCUUCAGUGUUCUCAUGGCAAAUGUUCUCUUACUUUUGCCUCCACUGAUGAACCCAGUUGUGUACUGUGUAAAAACUAGGGAAAUUAGAGUGAGAAUCAUAGCAAAAUUGUGCCAGAAGUAG